AUGGCAGCUUACUUGACCCCAUCUGAGAGCUUGCAGAAGUACCUCACUUUCUCCUCGUGCAGCACGACGUCCGACUACCGACGCAGUGCCAUUGUCACAUACUAUGCUUAUGCCAUGGAUGUUUCCACAGAUCUCAUGAGUGAGUCAGGCCAUUCCAUGACCGUUAUCUUGUUAACACAUCAGGUCAUUCCCUUUCCGAUACCCGUUCUCCCACGCCUGAUGCCCCACCUUGCUCGUAAGCUGUGUUCAACGGGUAUUUUCGGCAUGGCAACUAUCUGCAUCUGCGUUGCAAGUGUCUGUGGCGCCAAGAUGGCAAGCACAACUUCUGGUCACAACCAGCCAAGUCCACCGGGGAUGGCCAUCUGGUUGAUAGUUGAGAGCACCUUCGGUAUCUUCCCCAGUAUGUUCUCCAACAGUACCGUGCCUGGUCCGGUGUCAGCUGUAGUUGUUGGCUUCCUCCCGACGCUCGGACUUCUACUUCCUCCUGUCAAAUACACGAGUCAACCUAACUCAACGACUCGUGACAAUGCCCUUGCAUUGUGGACGCAUCCCUUCAAGUCUGCCGUGAGGCGCUUGACUUCGGAUAACAAAACCAGAUUGUACGUGGCCUCCGCCAACGAGUCGAAGGCGCAGAUCAAUGGUGUCUCUCCAGCAUCAGGCGUCAUGGCGACGGACACUUUCGAAGUAAGCACCGCAAGUCGUGAUGUCUUUCUUCUGAACCGGGACUGGAUAUGUCAGGUUGAUGAACCGAGCCUGUCGACCCUCUCACCUGCUACCCUUGCACCAGCAAGGUAUACCUGGCAUGUUGCGAAUAACUGGUGGUGA